UAUCUUCUUCAAGUCGUCAGUUGUCAUCUGUCAAUUUUUGUCUAUUUAUGUAAUUCAAAAUAAAAAUUCUAAAUUAUUAAUUAACGAAUAAUUUUAUAAUAUAGUGCAAUAUCAUUAUAAUUAUUUAAGUGAACAAAAUGGGCACCGUAUACGCAAAGGCAGAGCCGGGUGAGAGUGAGGUGGGUGGUGGACUAUUUGAGUUUGAGGAGCCCAUCGAGCUUGACGAAGAGCCAAUACCAAAGCCUACUGUCAAGUUGGGUGGAGUCAGGGCGCGGGUGGACCGCGUCCACGUGGACGGCUUAAAUAGAACGAAGGACGACAUCAUAAAGAGCACCGUCGAUGAUCUGUUUCAUGCCACGGACUUCGAGGAUGUCAUACUUAGAGCACAUAAGGUCCGGCGGGCCCUGGACUCGAUGGGAUGUUUCAGGGACAUCGGAGUUUAUAUCGACGUCUCGUCCGGGCCCGGCGCCACGCCCGAGGGACUCGAGGUGACGUUUCAAGUGAAAGAAUUGUCUAGAAUAGUGGGCGGCGUCAACACGACGGUCAGCGAAAAUGAGGGAAACCUAGUUGUAGGUGUGAAGAUGCCGAACGUGCUGGGCCGCGGCGAGCGCGUGCAGGCCGAGUACAGCAUGGGCUACCGCAGCUCCUCCAACUUCAGCAUCGCGGCCACCAAGCCCUACCCGCACAAGCCGCUCGUGCCCGUCGUGUCGGCGACGGUGUACCAACAGAACCACGAGUACCCGUGGUCGGGCUACCGGCUGCUGGACCGCGGCCUGCUGCUCGACCUCGCCUUCAGGACAUCGCCCGCGACCAAACACAACCUGCAGUGGGAGGGCCUGGUGCGUGACACGUCAGUGCUCAGCAAGACCACCAGCUUCAGGGUCCGCGAGAGCAGCGGGCCGCAGAUGAAGUCGCUGGUGCGGCACAUCGUGAGCGUGGACCGGCGCGACGAGCCCAUCUUCCCGUCGCGCGGCGUGUUCGUGCAGUUCAGCAGCGAGCUGGCCGGCCUGGGCGGCGGCGUGGCGCACCUCAAGACCGAGCUGGCCGCGCAGGCCAGCCUGCCGCUCACCGACACGCUGUCGGUGCAGGCGAGCGGCGCGGCGGGCGUGCUGCACGACGUGUUCGGCUCGGAGCUGGCGGACCGGCUGUACCUGGGCGGGCCGGCCUCGCUGCGCGGCUUCGCGCAGCGCGGCGUGGGGCCGCAGCACGACCGCCUGGCCACCGGCGGCCUCGCCUACUGGGCCGCCGCGCUGCACCUCUGGGCGCCGCUGCCCUUCGUGCCGCCCCGCGCCGGCCUCGGCGGCCUCUUCCGCUCGCACCUCUUCCUCAACGCCGGCUGCCUCGCCGCGCCCGAGGGCGGCGCGGCGGCGUGGCAGGCGCUGGGCGAGGCGCGCGCGGCGGCGGGCGGCGGCGUGGCGCUGCGGCUGGGCCGCGUCGCACGUCUCGAGCUCAACUACUGCGUGCCGCUGCGCGCGCUGCCCGCCGACCGCGCCGCGCCCGGCCUGCAGUUCGGCGUCGCCGCGCACUUCCUGUAGCCUUCCAGCCAAAAUUUCUCCUAGUACCGCGAUCCACCCCGUGAACUACGACACGAAUUAUUGUAAAAUACGAAGGAACAAAAUGUUAAUUAAUUGAUGACAUUUUAUUUUAAAUUAUGUAUUUCGUUUUAUGAAUAAAUCGUUAGUGAUUAUUGUAUUGUUGUUAUAGCGUUACAAGUAUUAAAAUAUUUUUUUAUUUUA